CAUACAGAAUACCGUACCGCCACUCCUAACGAAUUUAUUAAAAUUUUUGCAGGUUGGCUUUUUGAUAAAAUUUAUUUAAAUCUAUUGAACAUUUAUAACAUAUGAUUAUUGGAUUUUAAUAAGGAGAUGGAGGACACUCAAGAAGUAACACUUUUAAUAGAAAAUCAGAGAUUCACGGCGAACAAAAAUGUUUUGUGCGAGUACAGCGACUAUUUUCGCGCAAUGUUCAGUGGAAACUAUAUUGAAAACGAACGACAGGAAAUAAAAAUUGAUAUGGUUGAUGCAUACUCAAUGAACAUGAUACUUCAAUACAUGAGAAUAGGUUUGAUAGAUCUCUCUGAAUACUCACUGACAACUAUUGGAGAAUUGUCAAUCGCAGCGAACUUUCUUCAAAUAACAGAAUUAAUUAAGAAGAUUGAAUACUGUUUAGAUCUCCAACUUUCUGUCUCAAACUGGAUGGAGACAAUGAUUAUAGCAGAAAACUCUUCUUAUACUAAAUUAGAGCAACUGAGUGCUGCAUUUGGAUUACUUAAUUUUAAACAAAUGAAAAAAGAGUACAUUUUAAAUAUUCAUAGACUAUUUUGGUAUUUAUCACAUCCAUAUUUAGAUACUGAUAAUGAAUUAGAGGUUUUUAGAUUUGGUUACGAAUGGAUUAUAAAUUCAGAAACAGGGGCCGAUGCUAUAUUGAUAGUUUUAGGAUGUUUAGAUAUACAAAGACUGAGUCAUAAUGAUAUCAAAGAAAUAAAAACCCUUAUAAAGGAUUUUGUUGAUAGUUUGCCUCUUAAAGUAGUUGAUUGUAUUUUAGAGAUUACUGAACACAGUGAAUUGUCUAUAAUAACUUUGACUGAAAGGAAGGAUGAACUCUGCGAAAAGUUCACUGCCAGGGUAUAUAUUGAAGUUUUUAAGUUAGUAAGUGCAAGUGUUAAUCGUAAGCUGAUAUUCACACCCACAGUACCAGUCUGGAUAGUCAAAGAUACAAAACCUGAAUUGAUAUCUCAUAAUAUGUAUACAUUUAGUGAAGAUACAGGCCUUGAAAAAUGGUUGGAAGUUGCAGAGAAAAACUUAUGGGGUUGGAAUGUGGUAGCAUGGGGUGCCAACAAACUUGUUCUGGUUUGUGGAGAACAUGGUAGAGGUACGAGUGUAUUCAUGAAAGAUGUUAAAGUAUAUGACACUUUCCGUAAGGAGUGGAUCUUGCAUGGUGUUGAAUUACCAUCGAGAAGACAUGGUGGAGUUGCUAUUAUGGGAGACUCAUUGUUCAUUAUUGGAGGUGUAGGUGGUUUUAGAGUUGUACUUGAUACGGCUGUCAUAUAUGAUUUAAAACAAAGAACACACAGGAAGAUUGCCAAAUUACCAGAUACAAUACAAAAUCCAGCUGUGUGCGUACACAAUAAUUCUAUUUAUGUAUCAGGUCAGAAGAAUAUUUACCAAUAUGAGGACUUAGGGCAAACUGAUAGAUGGUCCACAGUCAUACUAACAGAUAUUAGACCAAAUUGUAUGACGUCAUUCAAUAAUUACAUUUAUUGCACUCAAAAUUAUUUUAGCCAUCUCUAUAGAUUUCGACCUGGCAUAGAUACGAAAUUGCAGUUGAUCACUUACUUUACGAAUCCGCCAGCUGCCAUUUGCCAUUUAGGUUCAAAAUUGCUCUUUUUCACCAGGCCAAUGUGUGGUCAGUCAGAUACGUUAGCAGCUGAAGAGUACAAAGGGAAAACUGAUGAUGAAAUGCCCAACGUUCUUUGGUCAGUUUCAAAUUCAAAAAUCAAAGUGAAUGAUGUUGCCGGCUCAUGUACCUUAGUCAUCAACAUACCUCCAACAAGAACUGAAAUCUCUCGAUACCAUAAAAGAUAUUUGUCGCAAUAUUAAUAAAAAGAAAAAAAAAAACACCCUUUUAUUAGUUUAAUUUUAUUAUAAACACUAUAUUAUUGAAUAAGUGAAUACGUUAAUAUAUUUUUUUUACAAUAUACAUUACAAUAAAGGCAAAAUUACAUUGUUAAUACUCGUAUUGUAUAAUUUAAAUACGACGGCAUUAUAUGCGAUCUCGAUGAGACUAGUUGUCAAUAACUUUAUUAAAUAAGGUAUACAGCAUAUAUAUUGAUAAUUGAUACGACCAACAGUGGUGUACAUUUUAAUACCUAGCUAAUGUUAUUUACAAUGAUAAAAUAACGAUAUAAAUCCUUAUUCGUGUCUAAAUUAAGAAAUUUCUCCAUAAGCCCACAAAAGCACCAAGACAAUUCCAAGCGUAAUAAUGGCACUUUUCAAUAGGUUGAUAGUAAUAAAAUAUUUAGUAGUUUCCAUAAAUUCUAGCUUUCCAAAAGUAGAUUUAAAUAUAUAUUUUUAUAAUCUGAAGGCUGAAAGCAUCAUACAAUUUAGCUUCCACAUCAAAUAACCAUUUUUGGUAUAAGAUUACGGUCGCUAAAUAACGUUAAUUUUGGAAGCACUAACUACAAUAUAUUAUAAGACCUUAAUGUAAAUAUUGAUUAAUUAAUUUUUCGUACAAAAAUACACUACAUUCAUACUUUUACUUAUUACCUUUAUAACUCAAGGCACUCCCGAAGGCCAUUAAAACUUACUGUGAUUCAUUAAUUUAUUGUUUUAAUAUUUUCCUUUUGAUGUAUCUCGUAUUUUGCAUGUAACUUUAGCGUUAGCAUCGAAAGUGGUUUUUUAAUU